CGAGCCAUGUCUGAUGCCUUAUCAGUCAUGUUUAGUCUUACGCUAUUGUAAUAUUUUUAUUACGAAUGUGAGCAAUACAUUCGUUAAAUAUAGAGAAAUUGACGACUUAGUUCGUAUUAUUGUUAUUUAUUAAACCGCAAUUUAAAUCAAAUCGGAUCUGAGUUAGACCCGGUUUUCGCUUCGUAAUAAAGAUGAACUCGACGAUUUGUCAUAGUCAGCGAUUGUACGAGUAGAAGACAACUGCUUUGAAACAAUAAAAGGAAAAUGCAGCACUUGUACGAAUGCACGUUAAAUCCAAUUCCACGAAGUGGACACAGAAUUGUGGUUGAUGAGAGGAACAUGUUUUCAGUAGGUGGUUACAAUCCAGCUAAUGUCUCUUCACAAACAGAUCCUCCAAAUGUAGUUGUUUUAAAAGAGGUAUGGAGAUUCAAUUUCCUGACAAAGAAGUGGAAACAAAUGGUGAUGAAAGGAGAUGUUCCACAGUUUCUGGCAUCUCACACAGUGACUCUUCAUGGCAACACUUUAGUCACAUUUGGAGGCAGUGGAGUUCCUUUUGGGGAGCAAAGUUCCAAUGAUAUACAUUUAGGAAAAUUGGAUCUCAACAUGGACACUGUCACUUGGAGCUGUCUCAGGUGCUCAGGUGAUAGGCCUGAGAGGAAGUACGGUCAUAGCCAAAUUACAGAGUGGCCCUAUCUUUACAUUGUAGGUGGGACCACUGGUUUUAUCUACAACAGUGAUGUUCAUCGGUUGAAUUUACAGACUUGUCAUUGGGACAUUCUGUUUGAUUCUAAGCAAAGUGGGGAGAAUGAUACUGCGUAUUGUCCUGAAGGAAGGUACCGCCAUGAGAUGAUCCUGUAUGACAACAAACUGUUCAUGUUUGGUGGAGGUCUUGCUAAUGCUGUUUAUCCAUUGGACAAGAUUCCAGUUUUCAGCUUGGAAACUAUGAAAUGGGAAGAAGUGGAAACUAAAGGUGACACACUCGCACACUCCUCUUCUGACACCAGCAAAGGUUACCCUUCUGCUCGGCGAUGCCACAGCUGCCUUCUUUUUGAUGACAGAAUGUAUCUUUAUGGUGGCCGCUGCAACAGUAGAAUAUAUAGUGACUUAUGGUAUCUACAACUGAAAACUCUUCAGUGGCACCACAUCCCUCUGAACAUGAAUGUCACCUGCUUUUUUCACCAUGCAGCAGUCUCUCAGAGUGGCUGCAUGUACAUAUUUGGUGGUGUGGUGUCAACUGACUCUGAAAGGGAAGAGAGAACCAAUGAGAUCCACAAAAUCUGGUUGCACAUACCCAGUCUCAAAGAAAUGGCUUGGCUGGUUAUGUCAGACUAUUUAACAUCAAGUCCUUCACUACCUACUCGAGGGGAGCUUCUAAAACUUGGAGUUCCCAGAGACUGUGCCCAGCGUGUGUGAUUGGAUAUCUUGGCUCAACCUACAUAAGGAAUUUGGGGAACGGUGGCAUGGAAAGGAAAAAAAAUAAUGCCAGCAAUAGGAGAUGCAAAGUGUUUACUUUGAAACUAAUUCAGCUCCAUCUACAUUUAUGGAAAAAUGAGAUGUAGUCAGUGGCAAGUGCAGCAUUGAGGAUGGCAUCGUUACAAAACUAAAGUCAAACCCAUUGAACAGUUCUGUUUGAUCUUUCUUGACAAGUAUAGAAUGUUACAUUUUCCUAGCUGUUUUUAAUAAUUAAUUUUCCCAGCUGUUUUUAAUAAUUAAAGACUAGUCAUAGUGUGCUGGACAUUAACCCACACCAGGGGGCCCUUGUAGCUAAGUAUUGGUGGCAGCAUUUUUGUUAACCUACCUAUUCAGUAGCCCUGUUAAAGUGAACAGUAAAAGCUUAAGCAACGUUAGUAAGAAUAAAUUUCAAGGGUGAAUGUAUAAGAUUCUCUGCUGCAUAGUUAAAUAAUAAAAGUUGGCUUUUAUA